GAUGGGAGCAUCAUUGAUUUUGUUGCUGUUGCAGAGCCGUACCAGAAGAUUUUAAGUGACAUGCAUUAUGGACAAAGGAGUAACAUUGUAGACGAGCAGCUGCAACUUUUUCUAAAGUCGGGAUAUAAUGAAUUUG